GCCAGGGCGCCGCGGAGGGAGGCCUGUUUGCCGGUGAGGUGGUGCUGCGAUAAGUGGUCUCGAGCGCGGGCUUCGGGCGGGAGGCAGGACCUGGAUCUGGAAAGGAGCCGGUGCCGACGGAGUCCAUCUGUGGACGGCGCGUUUACUAAGCACCUCUAAAGAAGGGCUUUGCCUGAAAUGGAUACCCGGAUCCCUUAUGAUGAUUACCCAGUGGUUUUCCUGCCUGCCUAUGAGAAUCCCCCAGCAUGGAUUCCUCCUCAUGAGAGAGUGUACCACCCAGACUACAACAAUGAGUUGACCCAGUUUCUGCCCCGAAUCGUCACACUGAAGAAGCCCCCUGGUGCACAGCUGGGAUUUAACAUCCGAGGAGGAAAGGCCUCCCAGCUAGGCAUCUUCAUCUCCAAGGUCAUUCCAGACUCAGAUGCACAUCGAGCCGGACUUCAAGAAGGGGACCAAGUUCUAGCUGUGAAUGAUGUGGAUUUCCAGGAUAUUGAGCACAGCAAAGCUGUUGAAAUCCUGAAGUCAGCCCGAGAAAUCAGUAUGCGCGUGCGCUUCUUUCCUUACAAUUAUCAUCGCCAAAAAGAGAGGACUGUGCACUAGAGGCUUGCAGCCCAUAGCCCUCCAUGUGGAAUCUGCCCGAGCAGGCCAGCUAGCCCUCUGAGACGCAAUCGGGAAAUUCUACUCUCAGCGCCUUCCUGGCUUUGCGGGUGGGGAGGAUGGGGAGCAGCUUACCAGCUGCGUUCUAUAUAAACUGUACUAUCCUUGGAGUUCCCCUAGUUUCCUAGGUGAGUUUCAUUCUGGAAAAGGAGAGAGCUGGUGAUGUUUGUAGCCUGUGUGGAAAGCCAGCUGGAAAGCAACUGGCAUUUAUCAGGUACCACAGAUGGGUCACUUAGCAUUUUAUUUGUAGAAAUCAGAAAGAGAAUCUGGGGACCUUCCAUCUGAUUUGCCUAGCCAUGUCACCUAGUCCUUGUACAUAUACUUUGGAGUCCCAUACACUUGGGAGACUCUGAAGAGACACUGGUUUUGCCCCUUCCUCCUCAUCCCCCUAAAGUAAAAACAGAGUGCCAAACAAAUGUGGCUUGAGUGAUACUAUAUGAAUAUAAAUUACCACUGAGUAAAAAAAACCUACAACAACCAAACAUUGAAAGAAACAGCAACAUCAAACCUAUUUUAUUUAUUUAUUUUUUUAUUAAAAAUUUCCGCCUCCAGCCGGGCGGUGGUGGCACACGCCUUUAAUCCCAGCACUUGGGAGGCAGAGGCAGGCGGAUCUCUGUCUACAAGAACUAGUUCCAGGACAGGCUCCAAAACCACAGAGAAACCCUGUCUCGAAAAACAAAAACAAAAACAAAAAAAUUUCUGCCUCCUCCCCGCCUCCCUUUUCCCUCCUCCUCCCCUCACUCCCCACACCCCAUUCAUCAAACCUAUUUUACAACUAUCUGUAUCUGGCUAGAAUACUUGGGAGGUUAAAGAACCUUAGCUGUAGAAUAACCAAGGGAUGCCUAGGGUCAAAGACCCUGCAGGCUAAAACUGCCCCUUCUCCAGGAGUGUUAGGCUGUCUGUUACAGGGGCUGGUAUUAAUAUGUUUCCCAUGUUCUCUGAUCUGGAACUUAAACCAAGGAAGUAGCAUGGAUACACUGCUUCUCAUAAGCAGCAGUAGGAAACUGGUUCGUGAUUUCCCACUUGUAGUUUGAGUAGAGCUAACUGCCAACUUCCUCCUUUUUCUGACCCCACCCCCAAAUAACUUUUUGUCAUCGUAGAUAUUUAGUGACUGACCAUUAAAUACUACAGAAAUCA